UGGGAUGGACUGCGGGUCCGGAGAGGAGCGGCUUUAGUUGAGUCCGGACCCGGUCAGGUGCGCAGAGACCCGCAGAGACCUGCUCGUGCACCCGGAUCCUGCACAGAGGCGGUCCCGAUGUUAGCGGUGGGUCAGAUGGACGGGUCCCGACAGAGCGCCUUCCUCCUCAGCACCCCCCCGUUAGCGGCUCUGCACAGCAUGACCGAGAUGAAGACCCCGCUGUACCCGGCGUACCCGCUGUCCUCCACCGGCCCCAACUCCUCCACCUCCCCGGCCACCACCUCCCCAAACCCGGGCGGCAUGGCGGUGUCCUCCCCGGGCAUCAAGAGCUCCACGGGGCUGUCCUCCGGGCUCGGCUCCCCGCAGCAGUGCUCCUCCGCCACCCCGCACGGGAUUAACGACAUCCUGAGCCGGCCCACCGCCGCCAGCACCGGCGCCACGGUGGCCGUGGCCGCCGCCGCCGCCGCCGCCUCCUCCUCGGCGGGCAUCCUGUCCGGGCUGCCCCGGUUCAGCAGCCUCAGCCCGCCGCCGCCUCCCGGACUUUACUUCAGCCCCGGCGCCGCGGCGGUGGCCGUGGCCCGGUACCCGAAGCCCCUGGCGGAGCUCCCGGGCCGGACGCCGAUCUUCUGGCCCGGAGUCAUGCAGAGUCCGCACUGGAGGGACGCACGAUUUGCGUGUUCACCGCAUCAGAACUCCGUGUUACUGGACAAAGACGGGAAAAGGAAACACACGCGGCCCACGUUUUCUGGACAGCAGAUUUUUGCUCUGGAAAAGACUUUUGAACAAACUAAAUAUCUGGCGGGGCCGGAGAGAGCGCGCCUGGCGUACUCUCUGGGCAUGACCGAGAGCCAAGUCAAGGUUUGGUUCCAGAACAGACGGACUAAGUGGAGGAAAAAGCACGCGGCGGAGAUGGCCACCGCCAAGAAGAAGCAGGACUCGGAGACCGAGCGGCUGAAGGGGACAUCGGACAACGAGGACGAAGACGACGACUACAACAAACCUUUGGACCCGAACUCGGACGACGAGAAGAUCACACAGCUGCUGAAGAAACACAAGCCGGUCCCGGUCCCGGGCUCCGCGCUGCUGCAGCUGCACACCGACAACGACUCCUCCUAAUUCUCCUUUUCUCUCUCUGUGGGAAAUGACACAAACUCUCGGAGCUUUUCGACAGUUUUAUUUCGUCUCUUUUUUUGCACGCGGAUGGAGGACUUCCUGUCGGGACGAACACUUUGUGGCCCCCCAAAACACUUUGUACAUAGAGCCGUGAGUUGUGUCCGAUAGAAAAGAUCCUGCUGUGAAUCCUUCAUGUGUAAUUUUGUACAGACGCUCUCAGAUCAGCCCCCU